GAGAUCGGAACCAAGCCCGGUAGAAACGAUGGCUGAUUUCAUUGAUUCGGAAGCGGAGGAAAGUGAGGAGGAGGAGGAGUUGGAACCACAUGAGCGUAAAAAGCUAAGAAAAAAUAAGGCCGUAUCGGACAGCGAGGACGAGGAAGAUGAUGAUGAAGACAGGCUGCGCGAGGAACUGAAGGAUCUGAUCGAUGAUAAUCCGAUCGAGGAGGAAAGCGACAAUGACGAUUCGGACGAUGGAUCCGAAGGAGGGCAUCAGAAGCGCAAGAAAAGCGAUGACGAGCUAGACGAUCGGCUCGAGGACGAAGAUUACGAGCUGAUUGAGGAAAAUCUGGGCGUCAAAGUCGAACGGAAACGCUUCAAGCGCUUGAAAAAGUUCACCAACGAUGAUGGGAGUGAUGGCGAAUCGGGCGAUGAGGGCAUGAUACGGGAAACGAUCGAAAAUCGCCUGUUCGAUGCCGCAUCCGACGAUGACGAAGAGCGCGCCUCGGAUCAUGAAGGUGGUGGCCAGCGCGACUCGAUGGCUAACGUGCGCGAACACUACGACGAGGAAGAGGACGAGGAGUCGGAUGCGGACGAUUUCAUCGUGGAUGAUGAUGGCGUUCCGAUUAGUGAUAAGCGCAAAAAGCGACGCCACAUCUUUACCGAUGCAUCGCUCCAGGAGGGACAGGACAUUUUCGGUGUGGAUUUCGAUUACGACGAGUUUGAAAAGUAUGACGACGAGUACGAGGAAGGUUCGGAAGCGGAGGAUGAGUAUGAGGAGGAGCAGCUCGAGCAAACCGAUCGGCCGAUCGGUGGAGAACGGGGCAAAAAGGCUAAACCGGCUGCCCGGAAGCGAAUGUUAAAGAAAUCCAUCUAUGAAAUUUAUGAACCGAGUGAACUAAAGCGUGGUCACUUUACCGAUCUGGAUAAUGUGAUCCGAAAGCUCGAUGUACCGGAACGGAUGCAGCUUCGAGACGUACCCGUAACGGCCGUACCGGAAGGUUCAAACGAGCUAGACGAGGAAGCGGAAUGGAUCUAUCAGCAAGCGUUCUGUAAACCGCACGUAUCCGACCAGGGUACCGUAACGCGCAAACCUCCCUCAAACGUACCGAAGAUCAAGCAUACGCUCGAUUUUAUGCGCAAUCAACAUUUGGAGGUCCCGUUUAUCGCGUUCUAUCGAAAGGAGUACGUCCAGCCGGAUCUAAACAUAAAUGAUCUGUGGAAAAUUUACAAGUUCGAUUCGAUGUGGUGUCAGCUGCUGGGACGCAAAACUUCUCUCCAGCGAUUGUACGAAAAUAUGCGCAACUAUCAGCUGGACAAGCUGAUGGAAAACCCGGACGCACCGAUACCGGAAGAUAUGCGCGUGAUCCGGGACGAAGAUUUAGCUCGGUUGCGUUUGGUACAGUCACACGAAGAGCUAAAGGAUGUGCAUUUGCACUUUUUGCUUUACUACGCACAUGACAUCGUGCCGAUGCGGACACGGUUGAGGGAAAAAUCGCGCCAACAGAAUCAAGCGGUAACGAAAAAAGUUUCCACCGUCAAGAAGAAAAGCGCAGAAGAUGGAGAGGGUGACGAAAAUGAUGGCGAAGAGAACGGAGAGGAGGAGGAUAAAGAGCACGAAGAGGAAGAAGAUGAAGAAAAGCCAAAAGGUACCGGACAGCGGGAGGAAACGGUCGGCAAAGGAGAUCAAGUUGGGAAGGAACGGGUGCGGUUGAAUAUUGAUACGGGUCCGUACGAGAUCUGCCGCAAGCGUGGACUGACUGGGCUAACAAAACGUUUCGGUUUAACGCCGGAACAGUUUGCAGAAAACGUGCGGGACAGCUACCAGCGGCACGAGGUAGAGCAGGAAACGAAGGAACCGCUCGAGGUGGCCAAAGAGUACAUGGGAACGUCGUUCGAAACGGCCGAAGAUGUACUGAAGGGUGGCGUUUUUAUGGUCGCACGUCAGCUUGCCCGCGAACCACUGUUUCGGAAGUGUAUCCGUGAACUUUACUUCGAGCGAGCCAAACUUAAUGUACGUCCAACGAAGAAAGGCAUGAAAGAGAUCGACGAAACGCAUCCCUGUUACACGAUGAAGUAUCUGAAGGAGAAACCGGUUCGUGAUCUUGCCGGCGAUCAGUAUCUGAAGCUCUACAUCGCUCAGGAAGACAAGCUGCUAACGAUGGAGCUGGUCGAUCGGAUCGAAGGCAACACAUCGGGUGAUUUUCUCGAGGAACUAAAAGCACUCUACCAUCGGGAUGAGUUUGCAAAGAACGUACAGGAAUGGAACAAAGUUCGAGCGGAGUGUGUUGUCCUGGCCGUUAACCGAAUGGUUAUUCCGGAUCUAAAGCGUGAACUACACAACACACUACUAACUGAGGCGAAAGAUGCAGUGCUGCGUGUCUGUUGCCGGAAGCUGUACAACUGGAUCAAAGUGGCACCAUACCGACCACCGGUGCCCGAUUUUGACGAUUACGAGUGGGAAACGACACGUGGCGUAAGGGUGAUGGGUGUCGCUUACGUGCCCGACUACACACAAUCCGCCUUCGGAGCAAUAAUCGCUCCGGACGGCGAAGUGACGGACUAUCUGCGCAUACCGCACCUGCUGAAGAAGAAGAACGCUUACCGCGAAUCGGAAAAGCAAUGCAAAGAGACAGAUUUGCGCACAAUCACCAACUUUAUUCGCAGCAAAAAGCCACAUGUGAUCGUGAUCGGGGGCGAGUCGAAGGAUGCGCUAAUGGUACAGCAGGAUUUUGUCGAGUGUUUAAAGCGGUUGCAGGAGGAGGAACAAUUUCCACAGAUAGCGGUCGAAAUCGUGGACAACGAGUUGGCCAAAGUGUACGCCAACUCGAUCAAGGGUACGAGCGAUUUUAAGGAAUAUCCUCCACUACUUCGGCAGGCGAUUUCGAUCGCGCGGCGUGUGCAGGAUCCGUUGGUGGAGUUCUCCCAGCUUUGCAACUCGGACGAGGAAAUCCUUUGCCUGCGGUAUCAUACGCUACAGGAGCAGCUAAGCAAGGAGGAACUGUUGGAAAACAUUCAGCUGGAGUUUAUUAAUCGUACAAACGAGGUUGGUGUGGAUGUGAAUCUUGCCGUACAGAACCCGCUAACGGCGAACCUGGUACAGUUCAUCUGUGGUUUGGGUCCACGUAAAGGGCAGACAAUGUUGAAACUGUUGAAGCAGACGAAUUCGCGGCUUGAAAACCGCACGCAGCUCGUUACGACCUGCCACAUGGGUCCGAAGGUGUUCAUUAAUUGUUCCGGCUUUAUCAAAAUCGAUACCAACUCGCUCGGUGAUAGUACGGAAACGUAUGUGGAGGUGCUGGAUGGUUCGCGCGUCCAUCCGGAAACGUACGAAUGGGCACGCAAGAUGGCAGUCGAUGCUCUCGAGUACGAUGACGAGGAGGCCAAUCCAGCCGGUGCGUUGGAAGAAAUUUUGGAAGCACCGGAACGGUUAAAAGAUCUCGAUCUGGAUGCGUUUGCGAUCGAGCUCGAUCGGCAAGGGUUCGGCAACAAGAGUAUUACGCUGUACGACAUACGGGCGGAGCUGAACUCACGCUACAAAGAUCUUCGCACACCGUUCCGUUCGGUGACGGCGGAAGAGUUGUUCGAUUACCUCACGAAAGAGACGCCCGAAUCGCUGUACGUUGGCAAGAUGAUGCUGGCUACGGUGACAGGGUUUACCUAUCGGAAGCCCCAGGGUGAACAGCUCGAUCAGGCCAAUCCGGUGAGAAAUGAUGAGACUGGCUUCUGGCAGUGUCCAUUCUGUAUGAAAACGGAAUUUCCCGAGCUGUCCGAGGUGUGGAAUCAUUUCGAUGCGGGCGAAUGUCCGGGACAGGCAACGGGUGUACGGGUACGGUUCGAUAAUGGGCUGAAUGGGUUCAUUCACAUCAAGAAUUUGUCGGACAAGCAUGUGAAGAAUCCGGAAGAGCGUGUGCAGAUCGGACAGACGGUGCACGUGCGCGUGACGAAGAUCGACAUUGAACGUUUUUCGUUGGAAUGCUCGUCGAAAAGUUCGGAUCUUUGUGAUCGAAAGCAGGAAUGGCGGCCGAGGAAAGAUCCGUGCUACGAUCAGGAAGCAGAAGAAGCGGACUCUAGGAAGGAGGCCGAUUCCAAAAAGCAACAGGCACGGCAACAAUACGUGAAGCGUGUGAUUGUGCAUCCUUCCUUCCACAAUAUUUCGUACGCGGAGGCUCUGAAGCUGCUGGAAGGAUACGAUCAGGGUGAUGUGAUUGUUCGCCCAUCGAGCAAAGGGUCUGACCAUCUGACGGCAACGUGGAAGGUAACGGACGACAUCUAUCAGCACAUCGAUGUGCGCGAAGAAGGCAAAGAGAACGUGUUCAGCCUUGGGCAAUCGUUGUGGAUUGGGAACGAUGAGUUUGAAGAUUUGGACGAAAUCAUUGCCCGACACAUUACGCCGAUGGCUAUCUAUGUGCGUGAUUUGCUCAACUACAAAUACUACCGGGACACGGACGGUGGUUCGAAGGAGAAGGCGGAAGAGAUCAUCAAGUCGGAAAAGCAGAAAAAUCCCAACAAAAUUCACUACAUUAUUUCCGUGUCGAAAACGUACCCGGGACGGUUUCUUCUGUCGUACUUGCCCCGCAACAAGUUCCGGCACGAGUACGUGACGGUAACGCCCGAUGGGUACCGGUUUCGGCAUCAAACGUUCGAUUCGGUCAAUUCGUUGCUCAAAUGGUUCAAGGAACACUUUCGCGAUCCAAUACCGGACGAUACGCCGAAGAGUACGCCCAAGGUGGGAGGAAUGUCGUCGCGGACACCGUACGGCAGUACGCCCAAGUUUAGCGAUAUUAAUAGUGAAACAAUCGAAUCAGUUGCGAAAAAUAUGCCUCCACACAUGCUGAAUUCGUUGUCGGCUGCGGCACACCGGACGCCGCACUAUUCCUUCACGCCGCUCGAGUAUGGAUCGAGCAACUUUGUGACCACGCCCUAUACACCGAGCGGUCAGACACCGUAUAUGACGCCCUACCAGCAAACACCUCACUUCUCGCAAACACCGCGUUACGGUACCUCGACACCUUCUCAGUACUCCAACAAAUCCUCGUACACCGGCAUCCCGACCGGUCAUCCACCACCUUCCGCCAGCCACCACGGGUACAAAUCAUCCUCGUCGGUGCGUGGUGGUAUGGGCGGUGCGAGCAGUGCGGCCAGCAGUAGCAGCAGCAGCCUUAUGAUGAUGCAGCAACCCUCACCGUACUCUAAUAGCAGUGACCAUCACUACCGAACGCAAUCGACCCAGCAGCAACAGCAGAUGCACCAUUCGCGCAACAACGAGUACGACAGUUGGUCAAAGGCAACGGAUUCCUGGAGCAACCGGGGUGGUAGCAGUAUGAUGAAGAGCCAUCACGCUUCAUCGGACCGAAGCUCCGGUGGAUCGUACCAUCAUCAUCAUCGUGGUGAUGGCGGCGGCAGAUCCAGUGAUUCCGUAACCUCAUCCAACUCGCACGACCAUCGCAUGACUCCCCGGUCAUCGUCCAAAUAUUCGGCUAGUCGAUCACCGAUGCCACCACCAUCCCAACCGCCACCAUCCUCGGGGGCGACACCAUCCCAACAACAGGCACAGCCGGCAUCGUCGGCGGCCGCUGCGUCUUUAACGCUCGGCGAUGCAACACCACUAUGGGACGAAUAG